AAAGGAGACGCUUUGGAACUAGCGUCAGGAACCGGUCAACAUGUUUCUUACUUCGCAAAACAUUUUCCCGGUUGGACAUGGCAGCCUACUGAUAUAACGAAAAAUCAUAUCGACAGUAUCGAGGAAUAUCGAAAAGAAUCAAAGCUUUCGAACAUUCGUCCAGCGUUAUAUGCUGACGCAAGCAAAAAUUACAAAGCAUGGCAUAAUGGCAGCUUUGUGGAAAACUCUUUUGAUUUUAUUUUAAAUGUUAACAUGAUCCAUAUUAGUCCGGUCGGUGUAACGGAAGGUUUAUUCUCCGCCGCAGGUGUUUUAUUGAAACCCGGAGGUAUAAUGAUAACAUAUGGCCCAUAUUCAGAAGAUGGAGUGUUGUCGCCUCAAAGUAACGUUAGAUUUGAUGAGAGUUUACGAGCACAAAAUUCACAAUAGGGAGUAAGAGAUGUUUGUUGGUUAAAAGAACUUGCAUCACAAAAUGGAAUUGUUUUGAAUAAAAAGGUUGAAGUGCCUAGUAACAAUAAAUGUCUUGUGUUUACAAAAACUGGUCCCUCUUAAUGAUUCAGUUUUUGCGCAUUUUUUUAGCUAGUAAUUGUCUUUUUAUGCACUAUCUCGCAACAAAUUGUCUUUUAUUGGCGCUACUUAUUACCGCCCUUAAAAAUGGGCGUACUUAAAAGUUUUGAAAUGAAUGUUGCAGCCUUUCUAAUUCAAAUUUUUUUGCGUCGGCAUUUUUUUGCCGACGCGAACCUUCAUUCUACAGUUUCGCGUCGGCAAUCACCCAUUUCACGUCAACGAAAUAAAUGUAGACGAAAAUUUUCUUUUUUAUGAUUCGCCUUGGCAAUCUGCAAUUUCACAUCGGCAAAAACGAUAUAUUUACGAUAGAUGCAAGGCAAUUGAAGGAUUCUAUAAAUUGCGAAGAAUAAAUUCGCCUCGUCAAAAUUUUGCCAACGUGAACUUGUUUUUUCAAACCACCUCCGCAUUUGUCGUGUGCCGACGUAAAUUAGAAAGGCUGAUAUUCACAUGUUUUGUUGUGUGGAUUAUACAAAUAUCUGAAAUUCUAAAAUUGUGAAGUUAUGAUCUUAUCAACAUUUGUUGCACGCUUGUCAACUAAAUGCGAUAUGUAGUCUCAGCUCUAAGUUGCUUGUUUUUUAAAUACGCCUAAAGGCCGGUUUCUAUUAGCAUAAAAAGGUUGAGCAGCAGUUGUACAAAAGUCAUUGUUAAGGUUGGUUCCCACUAAAGUCAGUAAUUUUCAUACAAUUGUUGUUGUAUUUACAAUAAAGUCAUAACGGCGACCGUUGUACAACUGUUACUAGACACUUUUAAAAUGGAAACCGACCUUUACAAUUUUGUUGGAGACACAUGUACAACAAAGUAACGUAGGAGAUGUUGCACAACGAAUGUUAUUGAGAUCGAAUCUUUUCCAUCUUUACAAGUUUCACAAAAACUGUUGUACGCCAAUUUGCGAAUGUUUGCGAUCAGAAAUAUUUUUUUGUCAUAUUUGCACAAAUCGUGAAAAUAAGUUACGAUUAAUUAUAAACUUUUAAUUUACGUUAAAAAUUUAAUUUGAAAACAGAAAUUAUACCGAAUUUGUCUUAUAUUAUUUUAUUUAUUUUCUAUUUAUUAUCUUAAUUUAUUUUUUUUAAUUCGCAAAAUUAAACAUAAACAUUUUUUCGGAUUGCAUAUUUAAAAUCCCGCGAAGAUUUCUAGAAAUAACAUAGGAUGCAUCAACAUGGUUUUAUCAAAACUGGAUGAUUUAGGAGACUGUAUAGCCACUAUUGUGUGUGUGUUGAAAGUCCUGAUUUUUCUUGAUUUUUUUAUGUGAGUUUACAAGUUUUUUUAUUAUCAUAAGAAGCCAAACAAAUGACCAGGUAGCUAGUAAAA